AUGGAGCGCCAGGCCCGGGAGACGGGCAUCUGCCCCGUCCGCGAAGAGCUCUACUCCCAGUGCUUCGACGAGCUCAUCCGUCAGGUGACAAUCAACUGCCCCGAGCGCGGCCUUCUCCUGCUGCGCGUCCGCGACGAGAUCCGCAUGUCCAUCGCGGCCUACCAGACGCUCUACCAGAGCAGCGUGACCUUCGGGACCCGCAAGCAGCUGCAGUCCGAACAGGGCAAGGCCGAGACGGAGCAGCUGAUCGCCGAGCACGAGGAGCAGAAGAGGCAGCGCGAGGCGCGCGUGGUGGAGCUCAAGAACAAGUGCGAGGCGAUCGAGCGCCGCGAGGCGGAGCGUCGCGCGGUGGACGAGCGCAAGCGCAAGGAGGAGCUAGAGUUCCUGAAGCACCAGCAGCAGAACCUCGAUUCGUUCCUCAAGAGCCACGACACCAAGGCCUGA